AGCCAGCCACGGCCAGAGAGAAGCCUGAAAAUGCCAGGGGAAGGGGCGAAUGUAGACUUCACUUCCUCCCCAUGUGCACCACGCAGGCAACCUCGAUCCAUUUUAGUCAAAGGGGCUUUCCCACCCUAUUUCUGUGAUUUGAGCAAGUGGGCACUCGAUCGUUCUGGAACGCUUGGGGCUGGCCUUGGGCUCCUCUCUGGCUGGAGAGACUGGGAAGGGCUGGGCCAGCGUGUGACUGCAGUCAUGUCACACAGUUAGGCAGUUUCACUUUCUUUUCCCCCUUUUGAUGCAAACCAUGAAGGGUGGUGGUGUGGGCCAGUUGGUAGUUUCCCCCAGAGCUCUGGCAGGCACAGAGACUGUGAAGUUCUGACCCGGUGUGAUCCUAAGCUGAGUUCAAGGCCCAGCAGGGUCCGUGGAAGAGGAUGACAAGUGGAGGCAGGGAUCUCAGCUUCAGGGUGGUCACAGGGGACCAGAGCACUAAUGAGCAAGUUUCACAUGAGCUAAUUUUCAAGCAUUUCAGAAAAAACAAGGUGGAAAUCGCAACUGCAGUAACGAUGCCAUUUCCUUUCCUUAUGAGCCUGCGGGACCAAGCCCUCAUCUCUGAGCAAAUGUAUGAAAAUUUUCAAGAUGCUUGCACAAACCUGGUCCCAGUGACAAGAGUGGUGUAUGAUGUCCUCAAUGAACUGGAGAAGACAUUCCACCCAUCGCUCCUGAAAGUGUUGUUCAGCAAAACCAACCUGCAGGCCUAUCCUAAUUUAAAUAAGAUUCUCAGAAGCUUCCAAAAUGUUUCCCAUGAAUACAAGGCUCUCCUGAGGACAAAUGGAGCAGACACUGAAGAGAUGCCCCGAGUACCAUCGGGCGGUGGGAAAGGCAGCAGUCCUGCAUCUGAACAUCAGAGCCCACCACGACCAUAUCUGGAGAUUUGUGAUCCACAAACUCCCCACAUGACUAACAGAGGAGGAGAGAAGGUGCUCAGUCUCCCACCAGACAAGGGAGGGGGCAAUGACAAGUCUGAUUUCCAGUGGCCUUUUGAGAACAGUGACGACUGUGUGGAGAUGUCUGAGGCAGAGGAGCCCCAAGAAACCUCAAGCUCCCCUGCAAGACACGGGCCUGUGUCCUGUGACCCUGAAGCUCCCCAGAUGACUGAUGGAGACGCAGCAGAGGAGGGGCCAAGCCAAGCACCGUGUCACGAAGAAGAAGAAUCUGGUGAACUACAAGACUAUCGCAUGAAUGAAGAAGGAGAAUGUGAAGAGCUUCCUUCUAGCCCACUGCACCAAAAUAAACAAGAGCAAUCAGGAUAUGAAACUGAGAAGUGUUCCUGUGUCAUGUGUUGCCCCAAAGUUUCAAAAGGUCCGGAAGCAAGGACAGACAGUAGCGAAGCAUGUGACCCCGCGGGUACUUCACAUACUGGAACCAAUUCUAUUUUAGGAAAACCCAAGAGGAAAAGAAGAAAAAAGAAAGGGCACAACUGGACAAAAAUAAAAAAGAAAAAGCCACAAAACAUACAUCAAAAAGGGACAAGGAGACGCAUAUCUAGAAUCCUGUUAACUCAGAAGGACAGAGCCACACAGAAAAGAGUCCAAUCAAAGGGGAGAAGAAGAGUCAACAUUAAACCUUUGAAGAGAGUUGGGGAAAAAGGUUUCAGAUAUCCAAAAAAUUAUGAUAUGAAUUUUGAUAUUCCUGAACUUCCCGUGACCUGUACUAAUGCUAGGGGGACUCUGAUUAAGGAGGUGUUUAAGCAAGGAGUCUGGAAGAAGAGCAUACGGGGUGAGGAUGGAAGGUGGUUCACUCCCAGGGAGUUUGAAGUUGAAGGAAACCGUGCAUCAUCCAAGAACUGGAAACUAAGUGUGCGCUGCCAUGGAUGGACCCUGAGACAACUGAUACAGAAGGGAGCCCUACCAGAACCCCCAAGCAAAAAACCAAAGCUGAGGAACUCAGAUGAAUGUGAGGUGUGCAGGGAUGGGGGAACACUGUUCUGCUGUGAUACUUGCUCCAGAGCCUUCCAUGAGUACUGUCAUUUGCCACCUGUGGAAGCUGAGAAGAACCCAUGGAGUUGCAUCUUCUGCAGGAUAGAGUCCUUCAAAAUCCAACAGCAUUAUCAGGAAUCUGAGAUUCUGGAGAGGCAGAUGCAGGCUGAGGAACAGUUGAAAUGUGAACUUCUCCUCUUAAAGGUCUACUGCUGUUCUGAGAGCUCCUUUUUCACCAAAAUUCCAUAUUAUUAUUAUAAUAAGGAACCUUCUGAAGUUCCAAAGGAACACAUGUGGUUGGAUAAAAUCAAGACAAAGUUAACUAAGAAGGAUUAUGCCAAAGUGGAAGGGUUUGUGCAGGACAUGCGCCUCAUCUUUCAGAACCACAGGACCUUCUUCAAGGACCCUGAGUUUGGCCAAAUGGGACUUACACUGGAGGCUGAAUUUGAGAAGAACUUCAAGGAAGUCUUUGCUAUUCAGGAAACAAAUGAGAGCAGUUGACUGGUGCAGAAGAUGUGGUUAAUGUCUUGGCACAAUUUUUUGCUGGUCAGAUAUCCCCACCUCCAAUGCAGUGGGUGUUAUCUACUAAUUUCUCCAUCCCUGAGGACUUUCUGAAUCACAUGGAGUUAUGUUUGAGCUAGGACAGAAGAAAUAAAAAGUGAGUAGUGAGAGAGGAAAGCAGCUUCUGGGGUAAAGCUGGACAACUGUAAAACUAAGUUGGUUUGGGAAGUGGAUGUAGCUGAGCUCUCAGAAGAGACUGGGGGUUUGGAUCCCUGCCACGUACAAGUUCAGCUGUGAGGUAAAGUCAGUGGAGCACAGAGGACUUGUAAGUGCUUGUCUGAAGUUCCUGCUUCUUUGAUCACUGUUCCAUUUCCUUUUAAUCAUUGCUCUUGCUUCUGUAGCUUUGCUUUGUGCUGAUUUCCAAUGAAAAAUUGCUCCAUAGGACAAAACAAUAUAAAAGUGGAAACAGGGCUUUGUCCUCAGCUCUUUGGUGGACUCCAGUCAGAGGGAUGCCAGCAAUAAAACCACCCUUUCUCCUGCUC